AGACAACCCUUAAAAAUGGCGGUUCUCAAUUAGAUUGAAAACAUCGGGGAAGCGAUGCUUGAUGGCUUAUUUUUCGAAUACUCAGUACCGAGAAAAUGAUGAAUAUAGCUAUGGAGAAAUUGAUAAGCGAGAAGAUUUUUGUCUUGCCAAGCCAGAAAUCGUCAGAGGUCCCAGGCGUAUACAGUUAACGAAGGGAUCGAGCGGAUUCGGCUUUAACAUAAUUGGAGGAGAAAAUGGAUCGGGUAUUUUCGUCAGUUUCAUAUUAGCUGGUGGACCUGCUGACUUAUCAGGUGAGCUUAGGACAGGGGAUCAGUUACUGUCUGCCAACGGACAAGACUUACGGCAUGCUACUCAUUUCGAAGCUGUUCAGGUUUUAAAACGCAACCAAGAAAGUAUUGAAUUUGUUGUUGAAUAUCGUCCUGACGAUUAUAACAGAGCAGAAUCACGAUUACACGAUUUACGGGAGCAGAUGCUUACGACAAGCCAGCUUAGAACGACGCAUAAAAGAACAUUGUACGUUCGAACCUUAUUCGAUUACAAUCCAUCAACAGACAGCGGUCUGCCAUCCCGGGGUCUGGCCUUUAAACAUGGUUUCAUACUACACGUUACUAAUGCAUCAGAUGACGAAUGGUGGCAGGCAAAAGUCCUGCUACCCGUCCCAGAGGAAGAUAUAUUUGGUAUCAUUCCUUCGAAAAGAAGGGUUGAGAGAAAGGAGAAAGCUAGAUUAAAAAAUGUAAAAUUUUCCCAAACGCGUGAUUUGAAUUCGGGCGACAAGAGGAAAAAAAAUUUUGCCUUUUCGAGAAGGUUUCCAUUUAUGAAAAGCAAAGAACACUCGGGUUCGGAGGAAGUUAGUGAUGAAGAAGAAUGUAUAAGAUCUUACGAGCCAGUCAGCCUGCAGCAAAUUAACUAUUUUCGACCUGUAAUUUUAUUGGGAUCUCUCAAGGACCGUUUUAACGACGACCUAAUUUCUGAAUUUCCCGAUAGCUUUUCGUCUUGCGUUCCGCAUACAACAAGACAAAAGCGGGAAUACGAAGUAGAUGGUCGGGAUUAUCAUUUUGUAGAAUCUCGAAAAAAGAUGGAAAAGGAUAUUGAAGAUCAUUUAUUUAUCGAAGCUGGACAAUAUAAUGAUAAUCUCUACGGAACUAGUAUUGAAGCUGUUCGACAAGUUGCUGAAAGUGGAAAACAUUGCAUUUUAGAUGUAAGUGCAAACGCCAUCAAGAGAUUACAAUCUGCUCAAAUCCAUCCUAUUUCUAUACUCGUAAAACCGUUAAAUAUUGAACAAGUUACAGAAUGGCAUGUGAGUUUAGGUACUGACAAUGCUGAAAAAAUAUUCGAAAGAGCCAUUAAACUAGAAUUAGAAUUUGCUGAGUAUCUGACUGCUAUCAUCAGUGGAAAAACUGUGGAAGAAAUAUAUUCAUUAGUCAAAAAAUUAAUCCAAGAUCAAUCCGGUCCAGUCGUUUGGCUUCCAUCCAAGGAAAAACUCUGA